AUGACGGAGGAGGAGGUAGAGUACGAGAGUGAUCCAGAGGAGGCGAAGCUUUCAUUGAAGAUGAGGAGGAGAGAGGCGAGUGAUGAUGAAGAGAAGGAGGAGGGAGAAGAGGAAGGAGAGCGGAGAGAGAAAGUAGUGCGGCCGAUCGAAUCGGAUGGGGAAUCGGAGGGUCAAGGCGCGGCGGCGGAGUACGAGAAAGAAGAGGAAGAGUAUGUAGAAGAGGAAGAAGAAGAGUAUGAGAGGACUGGUGGCGGAGAGGUUGACGAGGUGGCGGUGGAAAAGGUAGAAGAAGGUAAUGGAGUGGUUGAAGGAGGGUUGAAGGAGGAGAAAAGAGGGGUGAGGAAUGAUGUGAGUGAGCUUAAUGAUGAUAGCCGUAUUGAUGAUGGUCAGCAGGAGGAGCAGAAGAAGGAUCUCGAGCCAUAUGCAGUGCCCAUGGCGGGCGCAUUUUACAUGCACGAUGAUAGGUUUCGGGAGAAUGUCGGUGGACGACACAGGCGAACUCUUGGUGGAAGGAAGUUAUGGGAUUCUAGAGAUGAGAGGAAAUGGGGGCACGAUAAGUUUGAAGAACUGACUACACAUGAAUGGCAUUAUGAAGAGCAUAGGAAGACUUCCGGGGGUCGUUCUCGAGGUCGCGGAAGAAACAGAGGCUCAGACCGUGGAUAUGCCCGAGAAAAUAGGCCCAGAGUUUACAGCAAUAAUAACAAUCAGAAUAGUGAUAACAAUCAGAACAUUGCAGUGAAGGGUUUCCGUGGACAAGGACCUAGAAGGUAUCAGCCAUCUUUCAAGAACAGCAAUGAGGUGCCUCUCUCACGAAACAAACAAUCUGUGAAAUCAGUUGAAAAGCCUUCACGUGUUAAUUCUGGGAGAACAAGAGCUCUCAUACCAAGUGUAGAAUCUGAUGCAUUCCCUCAUAGGAAACAAAUGUUUGCAUCUAAUUUGAGCACUGCCUCUCCUCCAUUUUAUCCUUCUGGUUCUUCCACGGAAGAUACUUCUUUGCCGCAUAAGAGGGAUGUACAAGCUAGCACAAGUAAUCAAAAUAUUCAGCCAUCUAUUGCUGAUAAGAGUUUUACUUUUGCUCAAUCCUCUGAAAUGUUGCGUGGAAAGAAUAUAGUGGACUCCAUUGGCAUGGAUACACUUUAUAUUGAUGAUACAGUAUCUGCUGAUAAUGCUUUAUCCGCUCUGCAAAUGCUGCCAUCUUGUUCAUCAUCAUUUAAUACUACUCAACCUAAGCAGUCGAGGAGUCAAGGGAGAGGAAUGACCUCCUUAACAAAAAUGGCUUAUGAACCACUUUCUAAAAAUCAGUUCAACAGGGUUCCCCCAGCAACCCUGCUACAAACGGCUCAGAAGAAUCCUGGUCAAAGUCGAGGUCUAUCUUCUGCACAAGCUUCUGGUCAGCAGUUUCUGCAGCCUCUCACCAGUGGAUCACAAGCUUCUUCUCCACCUAAAACAGCUGUGCCUGCGAAUUCAUUUGAAACUGGAGAAAUGGAAUUUCUCUCAGACUCUAGUAAAUCAAAGACUGCUUUGAUUGCUAAAGGGAAAGGAAGUGUUAAAGGCGGUGGAAGGGGCUCCUUUCUAUAUGAUGGUGUUCAGGUUAUGGGGGCAUCUGGAAAUAUGGGCAGUGUUCAUGGUGAUCAAAACUUCCCAGCUUUCUUGCCAGUCAUGCAAUUCGGAGGCCAGCAUCCUGGUGGUGGCGUUGGAGUUCCUGCUGUUGGCAUGGCCUACCCUGGAUAUGUUGCUCAACCUCAACUUGGAAAUUCUGAAAUGACUUGGCUACCAGUUUUAGCUGGUGCCGCUGGGGCAAUGGGGGCAACAUAUUCUCCAUAUUUAUCUGUAGAUGGUUCAUAUCAUACUUGCCCAUCAGGACAGACAUCUUCUGCAGUGUCCACUUCCAGCAAAGAAACCAGUACAAUUAAAGACAGUAAUGACUGGAACCCCACACAGAGGCCUGAGGUGGCAAACGAUGACUUUGGGCAGAAGCAAAAGAAUCCUCGCAGGCAAAUUAAUUCAACUUUUUGCAGUCAAAAUAUCUGCCGUCUGUUGGGUAUUGUGGAGUUUCUGAGUUGUUCUUUUGGUGCUGCAAGCCUUUGGGCCCUUUGUGUUCUCCUGUUCUUAAUUUGGAGAGCUUUGGGCUGCCACAUAAUCUGGGAUAAUUUAGGUAUAUGUGAAAUGCCUGAUCAUGCUGCUUAG